GUAAAAAUCCUGCAGCACGUACUCGUAUUGCGAUUAUAGCUUGAUAUUUUAAAGAAAAUAUGAGUUAUACGCGCACCGCUAUUCUCAUUUUAUACGAAAGGUUUAAAUUGGAUUUUUCUCAAAACAUCAAGGAUUUCCGAGUAAACCGUGGUGGUGACCAGUCUUCGACGCUCUGGCUCUGGCAACUAAUAUAGUUGACAGACUCCCUGAGUUGAUGGAUGAAAGGACAUCAAAACUAACCUAUAAACUAUAAAACUUUCCAGUGAAGCAACGGAGUUUAAUCUGACGAUUUGAUUUCUUUCAUAUAUAGUGAAAAGUUUUUUCCACUAAUCGCCAAAAUGCGAAGAUUUGCUGACUCGUUAAUCUUCUCGAUCCUAAUACUCCAAAGUUAUAUUUGUUUAUUGUCAGCCAACCCAAAAAUAGCUAUCAUUGGUGGUGGGAUUGGUGGAGCGUCAGCGUCUCACUAUUUAAAUGAAUUAUUCCAUGGGGAAUUGAAUAUGGAUCUCUUUGAAGCCAAAGAGCUCGGUGGACGUUUGGCCACAGUGGAAGUGGCUGGAACAGAGUAUGAAUCUGGUGGAUCUAUCAUUCACGAUAAGAAUUUGCUUAUGAGGCAUUUUGUGAAACUACUCGGAAUGGAAGAAAGACCGUCAUGUGGGGACCAAAAGUUUGCCAUAUGGAACAAAGACGAAUUUGUUUUUGAAGAAAGUUCCUGGACAGUUAUGACUGUGGGAAGAUUAAUCUUUCGAUACAGUCUGCAACCAUUCAGACUUCAUAGUCAUGUGAAUUCGGUGCUUGAGGACUUUAGCAAGAUUUAUCAACUCCACGAUCAGGGUAUAGCGUUUAAAAAUGUAACUGCUUUGCUUUCAGCGUUAAACGUCGAAUUUCCAAAAAUGUUGCAAAUAUCUACGCAAGAAUAUCUGACCAAAGCAGGAUUUUCUCCGCGUUUAAUCAAUGAACUGGUUGAGGCUACUCUCGUUGUGAAUUAUGGUCAAAACACCAACGUUCAAAGUUUUGUUGGUUGUGUUUCUGUCGCAGGAGCUGGAGCUGAUUUAUGGUCUGUUAAAGGAGGAAAUAAAGAUGUACCAAAACACUUGAUAUAUAGAAACAGCAAAGUUAAUGUUGUGCCUUCAAUCGUCAAAAAGAUAGUCCAUAUACCGAGAAAGAACAAUAGUCCAAUUUACGAAGUGCACUACAUUAACAAUGGGAGUUCUGAUGUCAUCAAAAGUAUCUACGACAUAGUGAUCAUAGCAGUUCCUUUAACGGCAGAUCACAAGAUGGCGAUAGAAUUUAAAGAUUUUCCGAAAAACGUGAACCUCGAAUUUCCGGGUUCUUAUCAGACUACGAUUGUGACAUUCGUCCAUGGUGAUUUGCAGCGAAAAUAUUUCAAUUUGGAUGACUCGAUCGAUGCUAUACUGAGUUGCAAUCCGAAUAAAACAAUCAUCAGCUCUGUGGGAAAUCUCGUAUCGGUUGAUGGGAAAUGUUCUAGGGUCUGGAAAAUAUUCUCGAGGGAACCUCUGGAACAAAGUUUUAUUAACGAAAUGUUCACAAAUAUCGAGAACAAAAACAUUAUAAACUGGAAAGCAUAUCCUAAGUACGAAAGAAAUAAUCCUCGGCUGGAUUUCAAAUUAUACGAAUCGCUGUAUCACGUGAACGCGAUUGAAUGGGCCGCAAGUGCUAUGGAAAUGAGUGCGAUCGGAGGGAGAAACGUUGCAAUUCUGGCUUACAACGAGUACAUGAGAAGUCAUUUACCAAAGGAAUCAUUGGAUGUACCGAAAUACGAAAAAUUGCAAAGUUCCGAAGACCUAUAGAAGUGUCAGGAAUCGCAAAUUUAGGUUAAAUAACAUAGAAAAACGUUACUGUGUGACGCAAUUGUUAUACAGUUAAGUGAUUUGUUAAAUAAAGAUUACCAUGUAAUUUUAACCAAAGAA